UCAGUUAUCAGCUGACUCUUGAUGUCAUGUGACCUCAAUGGCGAUGCGGUGAACGGAGAAAAUACAGCCGAACAAACAGUGAAACGCACAAAUAAUGAAGCUUUAUCACAGUAUUUGACUUAUUCUGUCAUACUGCACGAACCUGAAUGGACUUUUUUUAAUCCUCAAGCCACGAAUCACACGUGUUUGGAAAUGGGUCUAGAUGCUGCCUCUCUGAGCUUAGACCAACAUUUACUUUAUUUUAUGGAUCAGCUUGAAAUUUUGGAAGAGAAAAGACAAAAACUUAACACACUCAUAGAAGAUGGAUGGUUUAACAUUUCGAAGGCCCGGUAUUCGAUGGGGAACAAGCAAGUCUCAGCCUUGCAGUAUGCCAGUGAGAUGGAGCCACUUGUACAUGUUCAUGCCAGCCGGUCAGAAAAUGGUGAAGCCGAAUUCAAGUGUGAGAGAAUAGGUGAUGAAGAUGAAGCACUAAAAAGGAGUGAAACAAUAGAGAGCAUUGGAGCAGCAGAUGGAGGGCUCAGAAGGCGAGUAAACGUUAAAAAGAAGGAAAACAUGGAAGAAAAAGACACUUCAAAAGAUGAAUUUGAGAAGGAACCUCAAUUAAAUACAAAGAGUGGGAAAUCUCAAGGUCAGCAUCAAGAUCCUCUGAAAUGGUUUGGGAUCCUUGUACCACAAAACCUUAAGCAAGCUCAGGCAGCCUUUAGAGAAGUUAUUACUCUAGCAGCUGAGAUCUCAACCCUGCAGAGUGCAAUUGUGAAAACUAGAUUGGAGAUGCAGACUCAGAUGAAGGAUAAACAGAAGAUUGCUUCUGAAUUGAAAGAAUAAUGCAUUGCACAUGAGUGUUUUACUUAUUUCCUAACUUAAUUUUUCAGAUGUUACACCCAUUUCUUUUAUGUACUUCAGUGUGAGUGAUAAAUGGUAAUUGACAAAAUUCAAAUUGACAAAAGCAUGUCUACACAGCUAUGGCUACCCUCCUGUUAACCAGGGACAGUAUUGGAAAAUAUUAAUAAAUCUGAACACUUUUUCUUACUUAAUUUAGAUUUUUUUUUCUACAUUGAAUUUCUGGCAAAUGGGGGUCUCCCAAUCAAAUAAAUCAAAUUUAAUCAAAUCAGUCAAAUUCAGUCAAUCAAAUAAAUGAGCCCAAAAUAUUAUACUUCAUUUUAUUAUUUAGAAAAAUGAUCCAGCAAAUGUAUGUGAACCUUUGUGGAGCAAUAACUGCAAGUAAAGUUUCCAGUAUGGCUUGGAAAAAAUGUAUUCCAUUCCUAAUUACAGAACAGUUUCAGCACUGGGAUUUUGGUGGGUAUUGUAAGAAAUUACAAAUAAAUGCACCCAGAUUCCACUCCAAGAUUAAAGGCUUACGUAUCAUAAGGUAAUACUUUUAAAACUCUAAAUGAAUAAACUUGAUUCAAUUGAUAGAAUGGGAGCAGAAGCAGGACAUCAAGGAUCGCCACCAACAAAGGGUCUAUGUGACUGCGAUUACCAUUUAAAGUGACCAUUUGGUUGAUAACAAUUGAAAACACUGGUGUACAACAAGGUGUAUCCCAGCCAUUUGGGAGACACUAAGCUAUUACGCUCAAUACACAUUCAAAGCAGAACCUCAUUUAAACUACAAAGAGGAAAACAGUAUGAAAUGCUUGAGUAGGAUUUGUCCUGGGUUCUUACUGACUCCAGUGAACCCAAAGUACUUCAUGUAUUUUGUCACUGCUAUACUGGAAUAAACUUCUUGUUCUUCAUUAA